GAAAGUUAUCUCCCUCGUAUAUACUUAUUUGAUUGCAAGCGAUUUCGCUUAUAAUAAAUCGUCUCAAAGCAGCGCUCUAUUGUAGUCGUUUAUCAAGCGUCUUGGCUCACUUACUUUCUUCCAGGUUUUAGUUCGUCGAAAAGCCUUUUCUACUUUGAAGCUAUGGUCUCAGAGUCGCUCAAUAUUGGUGCUGCAUGGUGACAAGUGUUUGGACGCUUCUUACUCCACAAACGUGCGCUUAAAAGCGAUGAAAAUAUCUGUUGACAUGUGUACAGCCGUCAAAUACGUUCUAUUUGUGACCGUUGUGUGUUUUGACGCGUUACAGACCAGUAUUGCUUGGUCAGAAUCCCACAUUGCAAUUGACACUGAAACCCCAUCGCCGCUGGUUACUACGCCGAGCAAUGGGAUGAUUCGCGGAGUGAGAGUAUUCUCUAAAAUGGGACGCACUAUCGAUGCGUUCAUAGGAAUACCAUUUGCACAGCCCCCAGUUGGCAAUUUGCGUUUCAAAAGGCCUCAGCCAGUAAAAAAACACACCGGCGAACUAAAUGCCACGAGAGCCAGACCUGGUUGCCUACAAUUGGAGUUUAAGUAUGGCAAAAUCGCACGUAUAGACAAUACAGACACUACCGAGGAUUGCCUCCAUCUUAACGUGUUCGCGCCCGGCAAAUCGGAAAGUGCCAGAGAGUAUGAAGAAGACAGCGAGGACACUGUGGAGGACGAAAGAUUGCCAGUGUUCAUUUAUCUCUAUGGAGGAGCGUUCAUUUGGGGAGAAAACCAGUUGUCGGUCUAUGAUGGGGUCGAGUUCGCAGCGGAAGCGGACGCGAUCUUCGUGGCGGUCAACUACCGAGUAAAUAUAUUUGGUUUUCUAAAUUCAACAACUUCAGCUAUUCCCGGCAACAUGGCCUUAUGGGACCAACUUAUGGCCAUGCAAUGGGUGAGGGAUAAUAUCGCUGCUUUCGGAGGCGACCCCAACGAAGUCACAUUGGGCGGGCAGAGUGCAGGUGCCAUGUCCGCAGCGUUUCAUUCAUACUCGCCGCUGAGCAAAGGAUUAUUCAAGAGGGCGUUUAUGAUGAGCGGUACUUCACUAUCAGCUAAAUUUACUCAACAAACUACGGCUGAGGACAUGAUACAAGCAAUUACGCUUGCUUUGGAUUGUUUUGAUGCUGAUCCCGCUGUCAGCAUAAAAUGCGUCCUUGACAAGCCGAUCACCUACAGAGAGCUCGAGGGGCUCAAGAGGGAGCUUGGAACUAAAUGGUACAACUUUGCACCACAUUCAGGAGAUGCGCUGUUGCCUUAUCCGAUUCAAGAACUACAUCGCAAUAAGUACCAUAUUAAGGACAUGAUGCUAGGUGUAACUCAGCGUGAAGGUGACUUCCUAUUUAACGCCUUACAAGAGUGGCUUCCUAAUUUGGCUGGCGGACUAGAGUCUUCGCCCGAGAGCACGAUCCGUCUGCUUAUUAAAAUGCUAUUCGGUGUCAGUAUUCAGGACACUGGCAGAAUAUUUAAAGCAUAUUUGUUGCCCACCGACAAGGACCCGCUUCCACAUGAUAGGUUGCUUCAAGUAGGCAGCGAUAUUGUAAGCCACGGUAUAUUUGAGUGUCCGGCCCAGUUCUUCGCAGAGCAUGCAGCGUCGCAGGGCGUUAAUGUGCGAUAUUACGUCUACGCGCAUAUGCCGUCAUUCCGGAUUAACUUAAAUCUCGGCCGAGAAUCGACCCACAACGAUGACAUCCCAUUUCUACUCGGUUCGAUUAAUGCUGUGCAGGAAAACAUCAAGGCGUACGGCAUGAAGACACCGAGCUUCUUUAUCGACGUCCAGAAGAAAACUAGCCCAGAAGAGCAUCAUUUUUCAAGAGUUAUCGUCAAACAAAUUAGUCAUUUCAUGAAGACUGGCAAACCACGUAUUCCCGACUCACAGAAGGAGUGGCCAUUGUAUAGUGCUGAAGAUCCACAGAUCGUCUAUAUAGCACCUAACAACUUUACCAUUGUUCGCGAACCAAAGACUGACAAGUGCAGCCUCUGGGAACCGUACAUCCUCGUUAAAUCUAAGGAAGGGCACAGCAAGACGACACUACCGAAAACCACUGCCGAAGAAGUCCCUUCGAUUGAAGCUGAUGAAUCGCACGCGUCCAGGCGUGACAAGGUCGGCCACCGGAUGCACAAGCGAAACCAGUCCGCCGCGUCCGUCCUCGUUAGUUCGUCCUUGCUACAUCUGCUACUCCUGACGACACUGCUCCUUCGAGUUCCGGUUCACACAGUCGCGGCAUUUUGAUGAGAGCGCAGCAGUAAAAACAUCCACGUAUGUAUUCCUCGUGAAUCUCUAAAUAGGCCAAUUAGAGGUAGAUUAAGAUCAAGGGUAGAACAACAGCUUCAAAGAUAACCUUAGCUUAUCGACCUACUGGACCAACAGCAGUAAACCUACUACUAGCUAUACUUACGAAUGGCAGAUCACAGAUAAUGUGAGGCUGGAUUUGACAGGCCGAGAAUCGUGAGAAGGCCCCUGCAGAGGACAUUCUUAUAAAAACGAGCAGAUAUAAUAAGACUAAUUUAAACAGAAACAAAAUAGUUAGGCUGCUGAUGCUGUUAGUGAUAGAUUGAUAGCUAAUAUUGUUGGUGUCACAGUUACCGUGUGCAAUAAGGCACGAGUCCUUUUUGUUCGCAAUUCGGAGCGGGGUUUAGACUGGGGUACGAGAUGAUUCUAAUUAGCUCUUUUCGAAUUUAUCUUCUUUGCUAAUAUAAGUAAGCAAACGUUUUAUGCACUCGACCAGGUUCCUAAGGAGCUGAAACCUCGUUGGCUCGCAACCUAGAUAAAGGUUGACUUUUUUUUUUUUUUUUUUUAUCUUAUAAUUACUUAGGGUGUAAGCUCAGUAGUCAGAGGCACUUGAUCAAGACGUUUCUAUGAUGUCUAUAGCAAUACUCUGUGUAUUUAUGCGGUUACUAAAGCGACAAAAUUAAAUUACGAAGUACAUGGAGUUGUAUUUAUUAGACAAAACAAUCCUUUCCCAAUGGCCGAAAGAGCGCGCCCGACGGGUCUGAUUUUUAGUGAGACGUUACGUAUGAACAAAAUUGUAUAACAAGCUUAUAGGAAAAUAUCCUGUAUCACUGAAUACUAAUAGUAGUACAAAACCAUCUAUUUUAUUGUUGGUGAAUUUUGCGAAUCCCAGCAAAAGUUGUCUUAACUGAUUAUUAAUGUAUAUUUAAUUUUUUGAUCUCUGUCUGUUUGGCAUUUGAGUCGGACUUAUGCGUGACCGAACUUCUGUAGGGAGAUAAAAAAAAAAAAAAAAAAAAAGAGCUGUAUAUUAAAAAUUUAAUGAGGUACUUGUUGUUGGAAACAAUGAAUUGAACAAGUAGUUUAUUAAAUUUUUAAUUAAAUAAAAAAACGAAACGAACUAUGUGUUAUUCGACACCGAUGUACAUAUGGCAUUUAAAUAAAGGAUGUCAAAAAAAAAAA